GUAAUUAGCCAAGGGUGAGUGGUGUCUGCUGUAUCAAGCAGCUGUUGAGUCUGUGCUGGGAUUUGUAUAGGUUGUUCCUUUGCCAUAGGAAAGAUGCAUUGUUAUUAGGUUCCAGGCCAGUUGUCCUCUGUGCUGAGCUGCAGCCAAAAUGGCCAAGUACAGACUUGUUCUCUUAAGACAUGGAGAAGGAGCCUGGACCAAGGAGAAUCGCUUCUGCAGCUGGGUGGACCAGAAGCUGAGCAGCGAUGGGAUAAAGGAAGCUCAGAACUGUGGCAAACACCUCAAAGCACUGGGCUUUGAGUUUGACCUUGUCUUCACUUCUGUGCUCAGCCGCUCCAUCCAGACUGCAUGGCUUAUCCUGCAAGAGAUGGGCCAAGAGUGGGUCCCCAUUCAGAGUUCCUGGCGACUGAAUGAACGUCACUAUGGUGCACUGAUUGGGCUCAACAGAGCAGAAAUGGCUCUUAAUCAUGGGGAGGACCAAGUGAAAAUAUGGAGGAGAAGCUAUGAUGUUACCCCACCUCCCAUAACUGAAUCUCAUCCUUACUAUGAAGAGAUCUACAGUGAUCGCCGGUAUAAAUGCAGUGAUGUUGCUCAGGAUAAUCUCCCAAAGGCUGAAAGUCUCAAAGAUGUGCUUGAUAGACUCCUUCCAUACUGGAAUGACAAGAUAGUGCCAGAACUGCGAAGUGGCAAAAUGAUCCUUAUCUCUGCUCAUGGUAACAGCAGCAGGGCAUUGCUGAAGCAUGUGGAAGGUAUCUCUGAUGAGGACAUCAUCAAUGUUACUCUCCCCACUGGUGUGCCCAUACUUCUUGAACUUGAUGAGGAUCUGCACCCUUUAGGCCCUCACCAGUUUCUAGGUGAUCAAGAAGCUAUCCAAGCUGCCAUCAAAAAAGUGGAAGAUCAAGGGAAAGUAAAAUCUGCUGAGAAGUAAACUCCUAUGGACACAGCUGUUUUCAGUGUGGUAAUGAGUGAUUUUUGUAUGACUGCUAUGUUGCACUGUGUGAAAGUCAGUUUUAAGCACUAAAUAAUUGGACAGUUUUGAGUCUCAGGUUGGUAGAUUUUAACCCUCUGCCUUUCAAAAACUGGAGUUCAGAUAACAACAUGAGAUUAUAGAUACUGGAAAUGACCCAGGAGAUCAUUCAGGUAAUGGAAACUUGCAGAGCAGUCUGUCUCUGAUCUAGGAUUGAGGGUGGCCCAGUACAGAAGUAAAGGGAUGUUAUUGAUGUCUGCUAGUAAGCAGCCCUUAUCUGUUAAGGGACAAUAGUACCACCUUAAAGGAUUAAUUAAGGCUAGGUUGAUAUAGGCACUAAAACUUUCUCUGAGGAAAUGGCACCAGGUAACAGAGUUAGUCAGUAUGACUCUUCUGUGUCAGUGGCCAUGACAGUUUGUUCUGGAUGGAUUUCCAUCUGUCUUUCAGAACAUAGCUGUACAGUUCUUUGCCUUUGUUAUUUUAAGUCUUCCAAGGCCAGUUCAUGGUCCAGAAGGGAAUUCUGUAGGGAUGUUCAGACUGCUAUAGUUACUGCAGUUGUCUCUUGUUAUGUUAUAGUCCAAUUUUUGAGGAAUCCCUGUUCUUACACCAUGUUUGUAGAGCCUAGGGUGGCUGCAUUUUGCUGGCUUGCAGCAGUAGAAUUUGACUUGCUUUAGUCCACCAACUAAGCACAAAGGAUUCCAGCUCCAUGUUUAAAUUAUCACUCAGCUCUCAGUGAGUGACCUGGAUAGCUGUGAAACCCUUCAGUAGUGUGUGCUAGAGGUUUGAUCAUCUUAGUCUAGUUGUUAGAAUAAUUCCUGUGUACCUCAGUAAAACUGGUUAUAGGAACCCCCCCCUUUAAAAUUUCUUGAGUUGCAAACAUCUCUUGAUAAAUAUGGCCCACAAUCAUAUUCCUGUGGUGUUCUCUGGGGGGCUGGAAGAGGUGCAUAAGGCAUGCAAGAAGUGUUACUGGCUGUAGCUCAUUCAGCCAGCAUGCUGAUAGGGACAGAUAUUCUGCCAUGCCUGAAAGUGUUCUCCUAUGAAACUCCUCACAGUCAUACUUUGAUUCCUGCUGAGUGUGGCCUUGCUGUUGUGUCUGGCACUGAAUGAGCAGUUCACACUGGUUGGGUGUAGUGUAAUGUGUGACAGUUUGGUCCCUAUGUGUAGAAGCAUCAGGAUAACUCUGCCUUUGAAAAUGUGCUCAAAUCUUACUUGCAAAUAUGAAAUGGAUCCUUAAAUUUGGAUCUGACCCUGCCUCAGCACCUGAGCAUCUGGACCAACAUGGGUGGCACUUGAGUGUGUGCUGUUAGGAGCUGGAUGUUCUCAGCAUGGCCCAGUUACAGAUCUCAGGAGAAGUGGAUGAGAUUUCCCUUGGUGACAGUACAAGCUUUUAAAAUCCAGGCGUGGCUGCAGCUUUGCAGCAAGCAGCUCUGUAGCUCAUUC